AUGAAAACAAAAAAAAUAUGUAUAAUUGGGGGUGAAUCCACUUUCAAAACAACCCUUUCUAAAAAUUUAUCUAAAUAUUUUGAUUGUUUGUGGUCUGAAGAAUUUGCAAGGAUUUAUUUUAAAGAUCGAGAUUUUGACAGAUAUCCAUUUUGUGAUGAAGAUUUUAUUAACGUAUGCAAGGGUCAAAUAGAGAUAGAAAACAAUUGUCUUGAAAAAAAACCAAAAUAUCUAAUAUGUGAUACCUGCCCUUUAAUAACCUUAAUUUGGAGUGACACAUUAAUUGGAAAAUAUUCAACGAAAAUUCUAGAGUAUGUCAAUAAGUCAAAUUAUGAUCUAUAUUUAUUAUUAGACUACAACACAAAAUGGGUACAUGAUGAACUUAGACUAAUACCAGAAGAAAAAGAAAGAGAAUUAUUUCAAUUGAAAUUAAUUGAAAAAUGUAAUGAGUUGUCAAUUCACUAUCAUCACCUAUUUGGAAGUUAUGAAGAAAGAGAAAGGAUGGCCAUAGAAAUUAUUGAAAAAACAUUUGUAAACUAA